UAGAAUACAUCCGGUAUCCCAUAUAAUAUCAAUCACGGACAACUGUUCAGAAUGAAAAACUAUCUCACAUUUCUUAAUAUUUAUCAUUUGCUUGGAUUUGGACUUGCUUUAAAUAUCUUCACCGUUACAACUGAAAAGAAUAAUGAUUUGAUGGCAAAACAACAACAGAUGAAUAAUUCUAUAGAUACAUUUACCAACUUUUCUGAUGUUAUGAAAGAGUUUGAAAGCCUGGAGAACUGGAGUAGCCUAUGCAAUAUAUCACAAACUGGUCACACUACCUUUAACAUUGUAUGUAUCAUUAAAGGUAAUUCCAGUAUAAAGUUAUCAGAAUUUAGAAAUUUUACAUAUCGAGUUUCAUCAAAUAUCAGAUUUGACUUAUUCGUCACUUGUGAAGAUGGUAUCAUACACUUUCCCUGGCCGUUCAGAGCAGACAAACUAAAUAAAAUUUACAUUAAAGACUGUAGAAUUAAGGAUUACAGAACUGAUUACAAGAAUCAAUUCAUAAACAGCAUUCCCGACACUAUAGAAUAUCUACAAAUGGACAACGUUACAAUUAUUCUUAGAAUUGGAGAAUUAUACGACUCGCUGCCAAAAGCAAACUCGCCUAUAACAAGAGCUACAGAAUGCGGACCGGAAAAUGCUUUCUCCAUAAUUCAGAGGGGGACAAAGGCGAACUUUGAAGAUAUGCACAACUUUUUUUUGUUUGAUUUAGGCACUGCAAUCAGGCAGUAUAAUCAUUAUUUUAACAUUCAGAAGAGAACCUGUUUGUACAACAACCUUGAGAUUUUUGAAAUAAGUGGAAUGAAGGAUUUAGAAAAAAAUGAUAUCAAUAAGAUUGUUUAUACAGACGUUGCAGAAAAUCUUAAAAUUUUGAAUUUUUCUGGUAAUGGAAUGUUUGACACUAUUUAUAAACUACAAGGCUGGCGACUACGAUUCCCAGUGAUGGAAUAUAUAGACUUUUCUAAUAAUAACAUAAAAGUUCUUCCAAUGAUACGAGAUUACGGAAUGACCGUGAAAAAGACAAAAUCAGUCGGAAUAAUAGACAUUAGGCGUAAUAAUAUAACUUCAUUAACAAAAGGUAUGAUAGACUCGUUUUAUAAUCACGAGUUUGUUAAAGUCGACAUAAGUGAAAAUCCGUUUUUAUGUGACUGUGGAAUGAUUGAAGUAAUGGAAUAUCUAUCUUCAAAGACUAUGCCAACAACUUAUAACUACCUAGGGUCGCUUAAGUGUGCAAAUCCAUCAAAUGUCCGUGGACGUCAGCUGUUAAGUCUGUCUCUUACAGAACUAAACUGUAACAAAGACACUGUCAUUAAUUUUCCAAUAGUCGUAAUGAGCAUCAUAACAAUAACAUUCUUCAUUAUAACUUUGUUGACAAUCUAUUUCAGAAAUCUGAUCAAGGUAAUUUUGUUUACUCGACUCAAUAUAAACUUUCCAUGUGAAUUCAGAAAUGGCAUAAACGAAGAGAAAGACUAUGAUGCAUUUAUUGCCUACAGCGAGAAAGAUGUUGACUGGGUUAUACGUACAGCUUUACCAAAGCUGGAGUCAGAGGACGCUGGGAAAGCGUGCAGACUCUGUCUUCAUCAUAGAGACUUUGUAAUUGGUAAUACCAUAGCUGAUAAUAUAUUCAACAGUGUUGAAAACAGCUAUCACACCAUCUUACUUAUAUCUAGUGAGUUCUUGAAAAGUGAAUGGUGCAUGAUGGAAUUUCGAACGGCUUUGAGGAAAAGUUUAAACGAUGAAAGUCGUCAUUUAAUAAUUGUUUUGAAGGGUAAUAUAACUUUGGAUAAUGUUGAUCCUGAUUUGAAAAGUUGUCUCAAUUCGCAUACCUAUCUUAGAAUUGGAGAUGUUUUAUUUUGGGACAAACUGAAAUAUGCAAUAUCAUUUAGACAUAAGAAUAGACAAAACAAUUAACAAAAGGAACAUUAUGUCUGUGUACAUAUAACUUGCACGCGCUUGUAUGUGAGUGUGGUUGGGUGUCUAUUUUUAGGUUUUGAUACAGUUUUAAUCAAUAUAUUUCUUCAUUCGAAUAUAGCUAAUGACUUUCUCAUUAAA